GGCUGCGACCACCAUCUCCUCCCCUUGCAUUGUACAUAGUCUCUAUUUCUGCUUGCGCAAUCAAUUGCAGCAUGCCUGCGCAUCGUUGUCUCUAACACUUGCCCUAUUUCGCGAGAACAGCCCUAUCGCUCCGCAGCGCACCUCCGCAGCACCUCCGUCGCCCGUGCACAUCCUCUUAGCGUAACCAGCGUACCGAACUUGCGCAACGCCAUCGCCCACGCCGGGGCCCUCCGUCGCAGUUUGCUCCCACGCCCAUAUCUCCCCAAGCAUCUGGACCCACAUGAGCCCGUGGCAGCAUGGAGAACCGUGGGAACAGCGGCUCCUACUCCUCGCGGGCCGCCAAGCCCGCGCAGCAGCCGCUCCCAGAUGGCUACUCGAAGAAGGGCGCCUCGUACCGGCGACCAAUUGAUGCGCAACCGGCGCCCGCGAAGCCCAUCCCGAGCAAUUCGGCGCGCCCAGUUGCAGCCGCACCCGCUACCAACGGCGUCUCGCGAAGCUCCUCCCACCGCCGACGACAGAGCCAGCAGAUACCUCCUCCUACAACGGCCGUAUCGACCGAGCCCUUGCCCGCCGCCCCUGACGUGCCUCGGGGACCACCCACGUCAUAUAGAGACCCGUAUGCGCCGAAAGCCAGUUCUCGAGUGCCCACCCGGUCGUACUCGGGACGAUCACGAGACCCGACCAUUCAGGUGAACUCGAGCAGACAGCAACCGAACAUCACGAUACCUGCCGAGAGGUUGCAGCAGCUGCGCUCGCCCCCCUACUCGCCCGUUGAGCCGCUUUCUGGGACCAUUGAGAGCGUAAGAAGGAACUCACAGUCACGUAGACCCUCUGUGCCGGAUCGAUCGCCGCUACAGAAGCUGGAGGGGAAGCUCGAUGACAUCAGCAAGGAGGAGAGAAGAGCCAGGAUUCUGGAAAUAGAGUUGGCGGCGCAAGAGAAGGCUGAAGCCGAGAUGCGCGCUCGCCGAGCACGAGAAGCGGCGGAGAAACAGCAACGGGUCGUAUCGGGGCCAGUGCCCAGUUCAGACCUAAGCACCAGUGCUACAGUUGGGAAACGCCAUGCUUCGAUGCCCAUACAGAAGCCCAAAGCCCCGCCCGACGACGAUUUGAGCGAGUCCGAUGACGGUUUCAUGUACGAUCUGAGCGACCCAUGGGACCCAUCAGCAGGCCGGAGGGCAACGGGCCCACACAGGGCGCCGUCUCAGUCAAAGGGCCAACAGCUGCCUCCUGGCUCCCAGCACCAGAAGCACACUUUAAAUCAUGUGGAUGCGAGCGUAGGACGUACAUCGAGCAUGAAGGGGAAGGAACCCGCUGGAGUCUCACGAGGAACGGGCAGUUUCCGGGAACGUGCGGGAGCGCCGAGAGGCCUGGACGGAACGGUACAGCCUGCCCAGAAGGUGGAACGUAAGCCAAUCCCUGUACCCACCGGAUUAGGGCUCUAUGGGGUGGAAGAUGCUCCUAGUGCUUCGCGACCGGUCGGCGCCAGCAUAAGUCGGUACGACAGUAAAAGAUUGUCCAAGGACCUACCUCCGACUCCGAAUGAUAAAACAAGAGAUAGCAGAGGUAUAGUCGCCGCCCGGAUGGAGAGGGAACAGCAGCGCAUCGAUCAAAAGAAUGGUGCCAGAGGAAUGGGCCAUCUUCACCCCCACGACCCUCCAACCGCUCCUACGGUUACUACACGUCGAGGCGUGGGUUUCGCGGACCUUGUGUCCGAGCCACAACCUGAUGAAUCUCAAGAGUCUCAUCAUCACCACCUGCCUGACGUAUUCUCACAUCAUGACGAUAGGCGGUAUGUGCCUUCACCAAUGCUCGAAGAGUGGAGAAGCGCCCCAAUCGCUUCGCUGGUUGAAGACGAUCUUGAUCUGGAAGCACCCGCGAGAUCAGAUAGCGGAAAGAAGGCUUGGUGGGAGGAGAGUACGUCCACGCGACGGCGACGCUCGAGCGGAUAUGUGGAAGCCUCUUACGACGGCUACGUGGAUCCCCCAGCUACACAAACUACCUUCAAUCCACCGUUGUAUCUAAAGUGCGGCCCGCUCUUGCGCUACACUGGCCUGCGCAGAGAUCGAAGUAGAGUGGGAAAGGAGCGUGAAAUAUGGCGCGGCAGCGUCAUGAUUGUGACAAUCGACGAGCAGUCAUCAUACCAAAGGCCACCCACGCUGCGACUCUUCAAACAACCGAUGGAUCUCCUUCCACCCCCGCCGGCUGACGUGGACGGCGACGACCUUGAUCCAGCACAUGUUGAUCCCCUGUCUGGUCAGACCAAAGUGUCCCGAACUGGAAAGACUCUAUAUGCCAAACCAGUGGAGGAGAUCCCUGAGAAUGAGGACAUCUCUCGAAUUGAGGAUGACAGCGGUCUUUUCGCAGAAUUUCGAAGCGCAUCCGCCCUACAGAGUUCCAGUACUCAGAAGUCCUCUCGCAUCCGCAAGAAGGAUGGAGAGAAGCUAGGCAAGGUACGGGAGAUCCCUGGCAUUAGGCUCUACGCUGAACGAGGUGUUACCUUCUGGCGUUUCAAUCUGGAGGUAGAGCUCGGCGCGACACAGGCACGAAUCGCCUACAGAAUCAAUCGCGGUCCAGCUGUUGGUUUCUGGGUCCCUGCUAAGGGCGAGACGAUGAACAUAAUGUUCCACAGCUGUAACGGAUUCUCACUGAGCGUAGACUCGAAAGAGUUCUGUGGCCCAGACCCUAUGUGGCGAGAUGUCUUGAACAACCAUCAGACACGUCCGUUCCACGUCAUGAUUGGUGGAGGUGAUCAGAUCUACAAUGAUGCGGCGAUGCGCCAAACGACGCUUUUCAAACAAUGGACGGAGAGCAAGAACCCGUUGCAGAAACACAACGCCUCCUUCUCCGAGGAACUGCAGAACGAGCUGGAGCAGUUUUAUCUAGACCGGUAUGCAAUGUGGUUCUCGCAGGGUUUGUUUGGCAUGGCGAAUUCCCAGAUCCCCAUGAUCAACAUCUGGGAUGACCACGACAUCAUUGAUGGAUAUGGAUCGUACCCUCAUCACUUCAUGCAGACGCCAGUCUUCACAGGUCUCGGCGCUAUUGCUUUCAAAUACUAUAUGCUCUUCCAACACCAGUCUAUUGCCGCUGAGACUGAGAAGACAGAGCCUUCGUGGGUCCUAGGUGCUCAUCCAGGGCCAUAUAUCAAGGAGCAGUCGCGCAGCGUCUUCAUGCAUCUUGGGCGACAGGUCGCUUUCCUGGGUCUGGACUGCCGCACCGAACGUCAACGCGAUGAAAUAAUUACGGAGGACUCAUACGACGUCAUUUUCGAUCGUCUGGAAGCCGAAAUUAUCAAAGACGAGACCAAGCAUCUGCUCGUGUUGCUUGGCGUUCCCAUCGCUUAUCCUAGGCUCAACUUCCUCGAAAAUAUACUCACGAGCAGGCUUAUGGACCCCAUUAAGGCCCUUGGCCGCGCUGGACUGCUCGGCAACUUUGUCAAUAAAUUCGAUGGUGGAGUCGAGAUCUUAGACGACCUGGAUGAUCACUGGACAGCGAAACAUCACAAGGACGAACGCAACUGGCUCAUUCGCGAACUGCAGCACAUUGCUUCCACUAAGUCCGUGCGUGUCACAAUCCUCGGAGGUGACGUCCAUCUCGCGGCUGUUGGGCAAUUCUACAGCAACAAGAAGCUCAAUAUCCCAAAAGAUAAGGACCAUCGAUACAUGCCAAAUGUGAUCUCAUCCGCCAUCGUAAACACGCCACCCCCUGAAAUGAUGGCGGACAUCCUGAACAAGAGGAACAAGAUUCAUCAUCUCGAUGAUUAUACCGACGAAGAUAUGAUUCCACUAUUUACCCAUGACGUUGACGGUAGGAAGAGGAACAAUACCCACCUUCUCCAGCGACGGAACUGGUGUAGCCUUCGCGAGUACAAACCAGGCACGACCCCUCCAACAACACCAUCCCCUCCCACCUCACCCGGCACAGAGGGACCAAGGCUCGCUCGAACACUCUCGGACUUCACCCCCGGGAAGGUGGUAAGACGUAUGAGCGGUGGUGGCCAAAGAGGACGGGAACAUGGCCCACCAGUGUCCUAUUAUAAUAAUCCCGCGAACGUCGAAGCCGAAGAACAUCAGAUCGGGCCUCAAUCCUCCUUCUCGCCCGAACGCCCUGAACGCCCUCGUUCCAGGCGGAACUCCCUCACCUCCCUGUUCCGCCGCCGAGCCUCCGUCGAUAGCGUCAAUCCGCCGGGAUCUUCACACACUAUGCCAGUAAAACGCAGCUCCUUUGGUCGCGACAAUAGCCAGUCGUCUGAACGCCCUUCCAACUUCCACCGCCGUCCCAGCACCCUAGGCAAGAAGGGUCUAGCGCAUGAAAGUACCUACAUCAACCUAGAAGGCGGCCUAGACAUCUGCUUGAAUCUAGAGGUCUCGCAACACGAUCCUGCCGGCAUAACGAAUCCGUACCGCUUGCUUGUUCCCGCGCUCGACUACACCACCUCAGAAGCCGGCAUAGUACAAAAGGAGCGUCGAAAGUCGCGCAUCGGAAGCAUGUUCGGCGUGUUCGGUGGGGGCAGGCGGCACCACACCGUCGGUGACGAUGGGUACUCGCAUUCCAGCGGCGAGGCCAGCGAGAGCGGCAGCGAGGCGGGAGACAUGAACGAGGAAGAGCGCGCGCGUCAAAGGUAUAAAGUCGGGCCACGACUCCUAAUCCCCGGCUUUACAAACCGCAAGCGCAACUCCUCCCACUCCCAACAAGCUCCCCACUCUCCCAGCCAUCCUGCUAACCCGCCCUCUGCUCCAGGACCGGGACCCGUCCGCGACGCGGCCCCCGCUCCCGCCCCCCAAAACCGCCGUCAAAGCGUCGACAUCCCCUCGCCGCACACUGCACAUCCGCCGCCCUCCUCUGCCUGGGAAUCCGUCGCCGCUCGCCGGCACGUGUCGGCCCCAGCUCCCACCCAACAUCCAACUUCUUACAGCCACACACAGACCCAAACAGCCGCAACCGCCCUGCCAUCUCGCUCCAACUCCAACCGUCAGCCGACUUACAAUUCGUCCCACAAAUCACAAUUACCGGCCCCUCGCGCACCGGAACAAGACGAGCUGAAAGUGCACCGGAGGAGCAUGGGCGGUAUACUGAAUCAGCAUCGGGACGAGAGAUUCGAGCGUGAGGCGCAUGUGCUUGCACAUACGCCGUCGCAGCACGCGAGGUCGAAGAGGGAUUCAUAUCCGCCGCACCCGGCGAUUGUAGGUGCUGGGCCUGGGAGUCCAUAUACCAGGGGCGCGGUGCAGGCGAGGGAUGACACUGGAGGGGACUAUUUUUCUAGCGGUGGGCGGCAUGGGACUGCGGGAGUUGGAGCACCUUACCUCGGCGGAGGGAGGUACGCAGACGAUGACGAAGACAGCUAUGAUGGCAGGAGCGACGAGAGGAGUUUUAGCGGCGCAGAGAGUCAGAGUCAGGAGAGCUUCGUCCCGCCGAAGAAGAGCAAGUGGAAGAUUUGGCGCUGAUGAGCAAGAGGAGGGUUUCUAUAGGACGCGUUAUGAUUCACGUAAUGAUGGUUGGGAAAAUGGUGGAAUGGAUGGUAUGGAUUGGAAAAGGAGGAUGUUGGCUUGGGAUGGGAUGGGAAGGGAAAAUGCAUCGAUGGAAGCGUCUUUAGCAUAGCGUGUUUCAUUUGGAUUUGAGCUUGCUUCGUUUCGCUGUAUACCUCCUAUGCGCCGUUUAGCAAGUAGAUGACCCCUUGUGAACCCCGACAAAUGAGACGAGAUGGAUAAUUUCUCCUUGCU